UGGCGGAGGAUAAGCUCCCUGAGGAGUUCGAUGUGAUUGUACUUGGAACGGGUUUCCCGGAGUCUGUGGUAGCAGCUUCUCUGUCAAGGGUGGGUCUUAAGGUUCUUCAUUUAGACAGAAAUGAUUAUUAUUCUGGUCAGUGGGCCACAUUCACAUUUGACAACUUGUUAAAGUGGAUCGAACUCAACCAGGGUGAAAACCAUGGAAGUGGAUCAGAUAAAUCUGGUACCCACGACAAUGAACCACCAAGCUUAGAGUCUGGUACCUUCUCAGUCCCAGUUCCCAGCCAUUCUGACACAAUAAGCAAUGUAAUGGUUAGAUCUUAUUUUAGUGAGAAAAAGACAGAGCAAGAUUUUGUUCUCUCUGGAUCAAAAGAGGAUACUACACUUGAAAUAGCUGCAAGCAGCACUGAAGCUCAGAAAUCUGAUGAGACCAAAGAAGUCAAACCAGAUCCAUCUGGUGAAAAUAACUCCUCAAAAGUAACUACUGGUGUAGAAGAAUCAAGCAAUGAAGCUGAAGAUUUCAGAGACAGGCCAGCAAAUGAUAGUAAUGAAAGGCUGGAUACAUCUGACAUAAACAGUACUACCUGUUCUUCUCAGUUAGGAGAGAGUAAUGGAACUCCACACAGUGAAGAAGAAAGUUCUGAUAAAGACUUGAAGGAUGAGAAUCAUGAUGAGGAGCUACCAGCAGUUACAGAUUCCAGAGAUGGCCAAGAUGUUUCAUUUGUGUCACCACUUAGGCAAGGAAGGGAAAAGAAGCCUGCCAUAUGUCCUGACAUGACAUAUGAUGAUCUGAAGCCAUACUGGAGAAGAUUCAACAUUGAUGUAUCUCCUAAACUUCUAUUUUCCCGAGGACCCCUAGUGGAGGCACUAAUUUCUGCAAAUAUCAGUCAUUAUGCAGAGUUCAAAACUGUCACCAGAAUAUUGACUUACAUGAAUGGACAAGUAGAAGAGGUGCCAUGUUCAAGAGCUGAUGUAUUCAGCAGCAGUGCAAUAUCUGUUGUAGAGAAACGAAUGCUAAUGAAAUUUCUGACUUUCUGCCUUGAUUUUAAACAGCAGCAGGAGCAGUAUGAAGCAUAUGAAAACAAACCUUUCGGUGAAUUUCUCCAGUCGCGCAGACUGACACCCAAUUUGCAGCAUUUCAUAAUUCAUGCCAUAGCCAUGGUCAAGCCUGAAACUGCAACAGUCAUUGGACUUAAGGCUACACAAAACUUUUUACAAUCACUUGGGCGCUAUGGAAAUACCCCUUUUAUUUGGCCACUCUAUGGUGCUGGUGAGUUGCCUCAGGCAUUUUGCAGAAUGUGUGCAGUGUUUGGUGGUUUAUAUUGCCUUAGAAGAAGUGCAUCAGAAAUAACAAUCAACAAGGAAAAUGGCAAGUGUACAGGAGUAAUUUCUGACAAUCAGCUGCUGAAGUGUAAAUGGCUGAUAAUGGAGCAUUCGUAUGUCCCAGAUAGUUACAAGAAAGAGUGCCACCAGUUGGUUUCCAGAGGAGUUUUCAUAACAUGUAGUUCCUUGAAGAUUUCAGAGGAGGAGUGCGUAUCAGUUCUGUCUGUUCCACCAUCAUCAGAAGGCGAAGAACCAGUGAGAGUCAUUCAGUUAGGGUCAGCUUCUAUGGCCUGCCCUAAUGGCCUUUAUGUGGUCCAUUUAGUCAGUAAAGGUGUGACAUCAGCUAAGGACGAUUUGGAAGCAACAGCAAACAAGCUGUUUCAUUUUCCUUCUGAAGCAGGAAAUGUUGACAGUGACAAGCCAACUGUUCUGUGGUCUUUGUAUUUCAACCAGUUGAUUUCUGAUUCCUCAUGUGUGGGCGACUUGCCAGGAAAUGUACAUGUUCUCUUGCUGCCUGGAAUGAGCUUAGGAUUUGGAGAGGCAUUGCAGCAGGCUAAGGAAGUGUUCGAAAAGAUCUGCCCGGAUGAAGAAUUCCUGCAGCCUGUUCCUAACCCAGAAGAUAUUAUAUUGGACGACUUUUUGCAGGAUCCAAAUCAUAACGCCGCACAAACAGACUUGGGAGAUCAGCAGAACGAUGAUAGCACAAGCAGUGGAGAGGGGAGAGCUGUAUAUGAGCAAGCUGAGGGUGGAGACAGUGGGGAUGGUUUGGACAGCCAAUCAGUGGAAGAGGGAAAUGGAACUGGAACUGGAGCAACUCCUUCUGAACAGCAGGAACCUUUGGCAGAUGAAUGAAAGUUUAUGUUUUGGCAAAGGCUAAAAGAGACAUCGACAUAAAUGGGGCCACGUGGCAUAGCUAUCGACGUGACCUGAGCUGACGUUUUCAAAAUGGAAGUUCUCUAGAAAACCAAUCUAGAAAAACUUUGUUUUCAGUGACUGAAUGACCAAAAUAAAUUGGAAGAUGGGGCAAACCAAAUAAACUGGGCCCCCGAUUUAUCCGAAUGAUUGUGGACAGUGACUAAACAAUUUCGUAAAAGUAAAUCUUAGAAGUCUGUGGAGAAGUUAUCUUUUGGAAAUUGACUUGCUCAGGGAACAAGAAUGAUAUCCUUUAUCAUUUCAUUCCAUACCUUCACUGACUUAUAUGUUUCUCUUCUUAUGUGGAAAUCUAGUCAUAAAAUGGAUACAAUCAGGAAUAUUUGACUUGAGUGCAAGAAGUUUCUUGGUAAGAUUUUAAAAACGGCUUAAACAACAACAGCUAGUAAAAAAAAAAAGAAACAUCCAAAAUCUACAGGCUAAUGACUAGCCCAGAUCCUCUUCAAGAGACUUUCCUAGAUGAACGAAUCCAUCUUGCGGGUUUUUUUUUUUUAUGUUUUCAGUGUGUUUCGGUGAAGUGACCGAGAGUGUCGGCGAAGCGACCAGUGUGUCGGCGAGUUGACCAAAGGUAUCGGCGAAGGGACCGGGUAGCUAUGUGUCCAUAGGGAGUUAUUACAAGGGCCAAAAAGAAUCUGAAACCGUUUAAAACUGCGCGGUUUCUUCAGUAAAUCUGUCAUCUCUAGUUCAUUGCGGCAAGAAUUCGUCUUUUGAAUUUACUAAGGCGCAAAAUUUACAUCUAUUUGAAUGAUUCUAGUCCAAUAGUUUAACCUUGCUUUACGUUUUUAAAUCUUUUCAUUCGUUAGUUACGGUCGAUGAGGAAACAUUGUAAUUUGACUUCCCCCAGAUUUUCAGCACAAUCGGCCACAGCAAGUUUAAAACAAGUAUGUUUUAUUUUGGUUUGUUGCAAACAUCACAUGUUGUGCACGUGUAUGUCACAAGCCGUAAACAGGGUUUUACUAGGAAAACAGUUCUAUGAAUAACUGACCCUCAGGCAAUGUUUUUUGUUUUCCUUCCUUUCAAAAGAAAAGAUCACGAAAUAAAGUUGGUGAUGAAAACUCAUGCGUGGUCGAUUGCGACUGAAAACUCACGACAGAUCUGUGUUAAAUUUUAGUUUAACAAAAAUUGUGUGGUAUCACGAACAGAUGAUCGUAUGAUAAAAUAAUAACAUAAAAGCAUGUGACUGGAGAUCAAGUGUCGGCAAUACGUGUAUUACAUAACGAAAAGGUUUUUUUAACUUGGAUCAAUAACAAUUCAAUGGGACAACAUCGUACUGAAAAACAAAUAUUGUCAGAAUUAAGAAACGUAAAAGCUUAUCUAAGAUUCUGCGGUGCAUUGAAUAUUAUUUUACCUAAAAUUGGA